AUGACGCCCUUUCAGCCUUGGACCCGUCCUCCAUUGCGACGGAUCUAUCUCAUCUCGCCUGUUAUCGGUCUUCUUCUGGUUUACUUUGUAUUCUUCUUUGACACAGCAGCAUUCACUCCUGAAAUCGUCGUCCCUCCGAUCUCAUCACAGCAAGAAGUGGACUGUCCCCCACUCCCAGCCAUCGACGAUGUCCUGGUGAUCCUGAAAACAGGCGUCACAGAAGCCCUGGAGAAAGUGCCGGUUCACUUUCAAACUACACUUCGAUGCAUUCCCAAUUACGUGCUAUUCUCGGACUUUGAGGAGGAAAUCAACGGAACCCACGUGCACGAUGUACUUCGCAGCGUCAACGAGACCAUCAAACGCACCAACCCCGACUUUGAUCUCUACAACCGUCUACAAGAACUAGGACGCAGCGGACUCUCGCAGGACGACCUCAGCCGCGUCCCCAACACUGCAUUCGGAAUGCCCGACAAUCCCGGAUGGAAGCUGGAUAAAUGGAAGUUCCUCCCCAUGAUCGAAGAAGCACUUCGGGUCCGCGACGAUGCCAAAUGGUACGUCUUCAUGGAGGCGGACACAUACUAUAUCUGGUCGAAUCUCGUGCAGUGGUUGGCGAAACUCGAUCCGAGCAAACCCUACUACCUGGGUAAUCAGAUGCAGAUCGCCAGUGUCAUCUUCGGUCAUGGCGGCUCGGGGUUUGUACUGUCCGGGGAAGCCAUGCGUAGAGCGUCGGAACUGCGAGCUCAAGACAUUGACGGAUGGGAUCGAUUUACCGAUGAGCAGUGGGCCGGUGACUGCGUGCUGGGGAAGCUCCUCCAUGAUGCUGGAGCGCCCUUGCUGUGGUCGUGGCCCAUGCUGCAGUCAAAUCCUCCCGCAGAAUUCGAUCACUUUUCCGAGGCUUAUUUCAAAAAGCCGUGGUGUUUCCCUCCCGUUGCGUAUCACCAUGUGACGGCGGAGGACAUCCAAGAGCUAGCAGAUUUUGACCAUGGGUUCCUUCAGAACAACUCUGUCAUCUUGCACAGCGACGUGUUUCGUCAUCUCAUCCACCCGCAACUCAAACCUUUACAAGAAAACUGGGAUAACCUCUCCGAAGAGGAGCAAGUCACUGAGAGUUUGACCAGCUGUGGGGCCUUGUGUGCGAGCAAACAUGAAUGUCUCCAGUAUUCUUAUGAGUCCGGGAAGUGUCGCAUUUCCAAAACGGCGAAACGGGGCGUCAAGAAGGCUGGAGUCGCCUCUGGAUGGAUGACUGACCGGAUCGACACUGUUGCAAAAGAGCUGGGCUCGUGCAGGACACCGCAAUGGAUUCUCACAUAG